UGUUUAAGUGAUGAGAUGUCCCACGUCCUCCUGCAGACCCUGAACCUGGCGUACAGCAGCAUCUUCAGCACCUACAGGAACUUCGUGGGUCCUCCGCACAUCAAGGUCAUGUGCAGACUGCUGGGCUACCAGGGCAUCGCCGUGGUGAUGGAGGAGCUGCUGAAGGUGGUCAAGAGCCUGCUGCAGGGCACCAUCAUGCAGUAUGUAAAGACUCUGAUGGAGGUGAUGCCGAAGAUCUGCCGACUUCCCCGCCACGAGUACGGUUCCCCAGGUAUCCUGGAGUUCUUCCACCACCAGCUGAAGGACAUCGUUGAGUACGCCGAGCUGAAGACGGUGUGUUUCCAGAACCUGAGGGAGGUGGGCAACGCCAUGCUGUUCUGCCUGCUGAGCGAGCAGAGUCUGUCACAGGAGGAAGUUUGUGAUCUUCUGCACGCCGCACCUUUCCAGAACAUUCUUCCAAGAGUCCACGUCAAAGAGGGGGAACGCCUGGAUGCCAAGAUGAAGCGCUUGGAGUCCAAAUACACAGCGCUGCACCUGGUUCCUCUGAUAGAGCGCCUCGGCACGCCUCAGCAAAUCGCUAUUGCUCGUGAGGGCGACCUUCUGACCAAAGAGAGGCUGUGCUGCGGCCUGUCCAUGUUCGAGGUCAUCCUCACACGUGUGCGCGGCUUCCUGGACGACCCCAUCUGGCGCGGGCCGCUGCCCAGCAAUGGCGUGAUGCACGUGGACGAGUGUGUGGAGUUCCACCGCCUCUGGAGCGCCAUGCAGUUUGUGUACUGCAUCCCGGUGGGAGCCCACGAGUUCACAGUGGAGCAGUGUUUCGGGGACGGGCUGCACUGGGCCGGCUGCAUGAUCAUCGCUCUGCUGGGACAGCACCGUCGCUUCGACAUCCUCGACUUCAGCUACCACCUUCUCAAGGUGCAGAAGCAUGACGGCAAGGACGAGGUCAUCAAGAGCGUGCCGCUGAAGAAGAUGGUGGACAGAAUCCGCAGAUUCCAGGUGAUCAACAACGAGGUGUUUGCCAUCCUGAACAAAUACCUGAAGUCUGGAGACGGAGAGAACAUGCCGGUGGAACACGUGCGCUGCUUCCAGCCUCCCAUUCAUCAGUCGCUGGCCAGCAGCUAGACAAAUAUUCCUCAUUUACUUUGAGUCUGUCGUAGCGAAGGAAUGUUGGACGUGUCAGAAUUAUUAUUGUUUUGUAUUCACUUGUGCCUUAUCAGAAACUCUGUUUUAUACUCGCAGAACGCUUUAGAUCAGGGACGUGACAUUAGUUUUAUCAGAUAAGUAUUUAAGGGUUUGCAGUGGUGGAGCAUUAAGGGUGGAGCAGUUUUAAGUGGGGUGGAGGGAAACCUUUUAAAGGAAGAAGUAACAACGCUCAAUCUCAUGUUAAGCAUUUAUUCACUGUGCCUUGUGUUUCAAAUGUUUUAAUCAUUUUAAUUCAAUAAAUAUGUAACAAAUC